AUGUCAAUCUAUAGUCGUUCCAGGGUCUCGCGCUCAGCUCUCCUUUGGUUAGACUACGCUUGGUCACAUCAUCAGUUUCGCGUACCCGAAUCCUGGUAUAGACAUCAACCAUUGGCUCGCCGCGUAGCCAGCCUCCGAUUGCGUCUGUUCCGCCUAAAGCCUUACUUGCUGGCCUGUCAUGAGUUGGUCGGGAUCAAGACUCAGAUUGAGGCGAGAAUGGCAGAUGUCCUGUAA